AUGUGUAACAAAUCUCUGGGCUCUGGAGGUUUAAGCCACACAGAUGUGUUGCUUCAGAAGAAUGAUGACAGAUGUGACUGCGCCCUUCAGUCAUUCAGCCCGCACUCCGGGGAUACCUGCCGUGGCCAAGGCACCAAACUGGGCUCUUGCCCUGUGACCCACCUUCUGCGUCCUCGCUGCUCUAUAGGAGAACUGGACUUUCUGGAAGGUGCGACUAACCAUGCGAUUGUGUCAGCCAGUGAAAUGUAUGGCGCGGUCAUUUCCACGUGGCAGCAUUUUGUGGCCAAUGUCUUGCCUACACUGGUGGUGACAGAAGCGCAUUUAGACAUUGACACCAAAGCAGCCCAGCACGGUGACCGUGCACCGCGUGGGGAACAGCUGUCCGCAGAGACACAGGCCAAAAGCGGACUUGGCGUGACUGAGCGACAAUGUAAUGCAUUUUACUUUUCUAUAAUUGGCAGAGCUUCUCCUUGUGAGGCCGAGCUUCAGGAAUUAAUGGAACAAAUUGACAUCAUGGUGAGCAACAAGAAAUUGGACUGGGAAAGGAAGAUGCGGGCCUUGGAGACAAGGUUAGACCUUCGGGAUCAAGAGCUGGCAAAUGCACAAACUUGUUUGGAUCAGAAGGGUCAAGAGGUGGGAUUACUUAGACAGAAGCUGGACAGUCUGGAAAAAUGUAACUUAGCAAUGACUCAGAAUUAUGAAGGACAACUACAAACCCUAAAAACUCAAUUUUCCAAACUAACUAAUAGCUUUGAAAAGCUGAGAUUACACCAGAUGAAACAAAAUAAAUUUCGACGAAAAGAGUUACCGCACCUCAAAGACGAAACACCCUUUGAACCGAGUAAUUUGAACCAGAAAUUAGAGGAAUUUAGAGCAAAGUCAAGAGAAUGGGAUAAGCAAGAGAUACUCUAUCAGACUCAUCUGGUUUCUUUAGAUGCUCAACAAAAAAUGUUGUCUGAGAAGUGUAAUCAAUUUCAGAAACAGGCACAAAGUUACCAAACUCAACUAAAUGGUAAAAAACAGUGCAUAGAAGAAGACAAUAGCUCUGAAAUUCCUCGGUUGAUGUAUGAACCAGAUCCUAGCUGUGAAAUGAGUGGACGAGACGAGUUCAUUAUUGAAAAACUAAAAUCAGCUGUGAGUGAAAUAGCAUUAAGCCGGAAUAAGUUACAAGAUGAAAAUCAGAAGCUCUUACAGGAACUGAAAAUGUACCAAAGACAGUGCCAGGCCAUGGAAGCAGGACUCUCAGAGGUGAAAAGUGAGUUACAGUCACGUGACGAUCUAUUGAGAAUCAUAGAAAUGGAACGACUGCAGCUGCACAGAGAAUUAUUAAAAGUAGGGGAGUGCCAAAAUGCUCAAGAAAAUAAAAAAAGACUUGGAUCAUCCUAUUCACCUCCUAUUAAAGAACCAGAAAGGAAAAGGAAAGAGAUGUUUUCACUGACCCCAGAUCAGUCGACUCAGGAAAAAGAAUCACCUAAGAUAAGAAGCCACCUCUGUCAGGAGGAAGAGCACCAUGGCUGUGAGCAGGAAAGAAUGAGGAAUGAAAUCUCUGACCUCACAGAGGAGCUUCAUCAGAAGGAGAUCACUAUAGCAACUAUCAUGAGGAAAGCUGCCCUUCUGGAGAGGCAGCUAAAAAUGGAGUUAGAAAUAAAAGAAAAAAUGUUAGCGAAACAACAGGUGUCAGAUAUGAGAUAUAAAGCUGUCAGAUCUGAAAACACACAUCUAAAAGGAAUGAUGGGAGACUUAGACCCUGGACGGUACAUGACAAGUGAAGUUACUGAUAUUAAGAGCGCGGACUGCACUAACAGGGAACAUUCAAGGUAUACAUCUAUUAACAAACUGGAGUAUGAAAAUGAAAGGCUCCGAAACGAUCUUGCAAAACUUCACGCCAAUGGAAAACCAGCGUGGGCUAAUCACAAUACCUAUGAAGAAGUGGGACGGUAUGCCUAUCAAAACCAAAUAAAAAUGGAAAAAAAUGAAUUUAGACUUAGCCACGACUGUGAUCCAAACAGAAGUGCAACGCCUCCAUUGCCACCUUUGCCAUUUCAAAUGAAAGAAAUGGCAAGUCCUUUGGUUAGUGAUGAAGAAGUAUUCCCACUGUCCCCCCCAGAUACAUCCUUCCCGGCUUCCCUGGCCGCGCAGCAUUUCCUUCUGGAGGAAGAGAAGCGAGCAAAAGAACUUGAAAAACUUCUAAAUACGCAUAUUGAUGAACUGCAAAGACAUACAGAAUUUACUCUCAAUAAAUACACCAAGCUAAAACAAAAUAGACACAUAUGAGCUUUCAAACUUUUUUUAUGUUUCCCCAUCCCGAGAAA